UAUCUGCUAGGGAAGAACCUGCCGGGCUCGGGGAACCUAUCGCGGUGCUCGCGGUCGGCGCUGACGCUCCAAGCCAGGGCGACAAUGCCGAUCAUGAGACCGCCAAUCGCGGCGGUGUUGGCUUUCCAGUUCUUAGGCUGCGAGUACCAGCCACCGGCGGGCGACCAGACAUGCUUGGGAUUACGGAUAGACCGGUUGGGCGCCGUUCGCUCUUUCACGCGCCUGGCCGCACGCCCUCGCCCGCAAUGUCCCUUCCAGCAGCUCCAGUCAACCACCUCUACCCCGCCGAACCCUCCCGAAGUUCCGGCUGUAAAGGCCGAUCCCGAAGUCGACCUUGACCACGAGGAUCUUGUCGUCGGUCCGCCAGAACUCGAGUCUCUCCCCUCCCCUCCCGUCAGCGCUGCCUCCCGCUCUGCGAAGCUCUCUGCCCUUCAUGCUCGUCUCUCACUUCCCAAGAGGGUUCCUGUCCAAUCGCUCGCCCGGACACUCGUCGACCCUUCCGCAGACAGCAACCAGGAUUUCAAUAACGCCGCCCUCGCGACCCUAGGCAGCGACCUUAUGGGCUACUACACUAGCGAACAUAUCAUCUGUCAAUAUCCGCGCCUGCCCAUGGCUGUGCUUUUCUCGGCACAGAACGCCUAUGUCGGCGACAAGGCUCUCUGUGCCGUUGCGCGCGAAUGGGGUGUUGAAACGGCUGCUGCGCCUGGCGGCGAAGUUGACCCCGGUCUCCUCCAGUUUACCCUUCUGGCACCGGGCACCGAAUUCCGCCCUUUCAAAAUCGAUACCAACAGGCCGAAUGAGCGCAAAGGCUGGGGUUGGAGGCAGAGUAUAAGCAACCGUAUCGUGUACGAUGAUCAGUUCGGCGAGUCGCGCGGAAAAGAGACGCUCCCAUUCCAGGAGGAGAAGCUCGAAGGCGUUACCAAGGAGGUCGCGAGCGCCAACUUCGUCCGCGCUGUCGUGGGUGCUGUGUAUGUUCAUGCAGGCCGCAUUACGGCACAGCAGUUCAUCUCAGCCCACUUCCUGUCGAGACAUCUGGACAUGUCGAAGCUGUUCGACUUCCGGACUCCAACGCGCGACUUGUCGAAGCUGUGCGCUAGAGAAGGCUUUGAGGCGCCCGUCGCACGCCUUCUCGCCGAGACUGGUCGUUUGAGCAGACAUCCCGUCUUUGUCGUGGGCGUAUACAGUGGCAGGGACAAGCUGGGCGAGGGUGCAGGCGCGAGCUUGGAUGAGGGUAGGGUAAGGGCUGCUGCGGCGGCGCUGAGGAGUUGGUACCUGUACAGCCCGCUGGAGGUUACGAAGCCGAGCGAGGUGGAGGUCACCAGGGAGGGCAAGACUUGGGUGCCAAACCUGGUGGACAUGGGUGAGAUUGUUGUGUAA